AUGACAACCAUCACAACAGAAACGAUGUCCCUUCAAGAAAAAGGCGACAACACCCCAAUAGCCUACCAAGGCCCAAAUCUCCCAAACGUCCCCAAAGACCUCGUAGUAACAGACGCACUGAACCUAAACUGCGACGAACGCCUCUGGGUCCCGCAAUCCCCAGACAUCUGGUUCCGACCACUAUGCUUCAAUGUGUCGCACGGCUACUUCGUGAACAUCCUACGCGUUCGCAAAAACGGCAUUCUCUCCCGUCACAGACAUACAGGACCCGUGCACGCGACUGUGCUCCGUGGCCGCUGGCAUUAUCUUGAACAUGACUGGUGGGCUGAGGAGGGGGGCUAUGCGUUUGAACCACCCGGUGAUAUCCACACGCUUGAAGUUCCGGAGGGGGUCGAGGAGAUGGUGACGCUUUUUCAUGUUACCGGGGCUUAUGUUUAUGUUGAUCCGCAAGGUACGGCACUUGGGGUUGAGGAUGUUUUUAGUAAGUUGAUAGCUGCGAGGAAGCAUUAUGAGGAUGUUGGGCUUGGGGCUGGGUUUGUGGAUCAGUUUGUGAGAUAG